AACCUAAUCUGAGAAAUUGUGUCUUGGCUUUAGUUUCUCCUGGAAACGAAACAUUGUCUUAGCAGCCAGUUGUCGAAAAAAAAAAAAAAAAACUAAGGCUGCAGCUACAUUCAGUCAUACAGGUAGCUAUUUGAUGCCAUAAGUCACCUUUGCGAACUGCGAUCCGGUCUGGCCGGUCAAUCACAUCCAAGAUGGCGCGUUCCAACGCAUAUCUCGCGCCUCUCUCUCUCAUAUUCCUCGCCGGCUCCCUGGUGAUGCUUUUCUUCGUAAUCCUGUCGGCCGUCACUACCACAUCACCCUUGAGACAAACCUACUUCCUAUCUGCCCAGACCGGCGGCAUAACAGGCGCCCGCCAAGUUACCCAAUGGGCCUACUUCUACAUCUGCGGUGAAGGCAACACCGACUGUAGUGUUGCAUGGCCCGCGCCUCCUCUGGGUUGGGCCUGGUCCGCGAACCCGGCUAAUGCGCCCUCUACUCUGGUCGGCACCCAUGGCGGCGACACUACGAGCUUUUACUACUACUAUAUGUGGCGAUUCGGCUGGGUCUUCUACCUGAUUGCGCUGGUAUUCUCGGUCAUUGCCUUCUUUGCGGGCUUCGUAGCGUGCUGCGGACGCCUAGGCUCUGCCAUUGCAGGAUUGGGAGCUUUCGUCGCCCUCUUCUUCCACACUAUCGCCGUGUCGAUGAUGACAGCCGUCUUCGUUAAGAUGCGUAACGCGUUCAUUGCGAGCGGCCGUGAUGCAAGCCUCGGACGAUGGGCCUUCGGCUUCAGCUGGGGCAGCUGGGCCGCCUUGUUAAUCGCCACGAUACUCUUCUGCCUCGGCAUCCGUGGCAGCAACAGCGAGGGCUCCAGCGGUCGUAGAUGGGGCCGCCAGAGGAGCGUGCGCAGUCGCCGAAGUUACGAUAUGAACGGUCGACGCGUAAAGGAGGAGUACGCCUAAACAACAUACCCGGGGCUGGUAGUAACGAGGACGAAUCCAACACCAAAACACGAAAAUUUUACCAUUGAGAAUGGAGAUAAAAAUUAAGAAAGUCAAGAAAGUCAGACCCU